GGAACAGGACACGAAAGCGCCAAGCCGGUGCCCCUUCUCCGUGCGACGGCCGCGAAGCCUCCGGUCGCAGCGAAAGCCGGGUCGAUGGCGAGCGCGAGUGCAACGUUGUCCGUUGUGCCAUCGAAAAGUGGGCGUAAAACUAUUAAAGCGCCCACCGCGCUCCCACAUGGUAAUAAUCAUGCGUCUACAACUUCCAAGCUAACGCCGAAAUCCGCGUCGCCACCCAGCGCAGCACCCCUGGACGCACGGCAGCGCAUGCAGGAGGCACAGACGAAGAGGAUGGCGAAUUGGAUGGACCAAAUUUUGGCAAAGCCUGUCGCAGAAAAAACGCAGGUGGGUGAGAUUUCUUCUUUUUGUGCUAUGUACUAAUACGCGACCGUCCAAUUCCAACGUGGUGGCGUACUGUAGAUAGUAUUGCUUUGAACAUCAAUUAUUACAUCAUUUUCGCCGAAGCACUAAUAUCCCGCGUCAUCAGGUCGGAGGUGGAGUUCGGCUUCGUGUACAGAGUCGGACAGCUCUUGGUGUUGAGUACCAGAAGUUUAUUUCUUUCGCGGUGCAUAAUUUGAACUUUUUCACGGUUUUCUUUGAAAUCGACAGGACCAAGAACGGCAGCAGCAGCUUCACUCCUCGGGCGGGAGUACGACCAGUGUGCGCAGCGGCAAGAGCGCGGAGAGGUCGAAGCCAUUCGUCCCGACAUCAGCAGCACAGCAAGGGGACGCUACUACCAGUAGAAGAGCUAAUACACCGGCAGGAGCUGCAGCUGUGCCAGAGAACAAUAGACCAAGAAAGCAAGUGCCGAUGAAGGACUUCGCGAUUGUUCCGGACCCGCGGACGAUGAAAAGGCCGCCACCGCCGGGUAUGAAGAACGGAAAUCAGGUACAACACCAAGCUGUAGUCAAUAAUCACAACAGGGCAGCAGCUGGAAAUAGUAGGAACAAGGGGCCGUCGAUCCCCGAGGAGGGCGAGCUGAAGCUGUCCUAUCCAUUGCAAAUAUGUCUGGGUCUGGAAGAGUGGAACAAGUGUUGCGUGCCUUGGAUUCCUGUGAAACCUGUGUAAUUGCAUGACCAACAUCAACCACAAGGAGGCUUCUUUUGUCACGCAAAAACGCAGUUUCUAAUGCGCACUACGCAUGAGGAAGUGUCUGAACAGUGUGUCAUGCUUGGUUGCACUCAGGACCAGGAGUAUGUGCAAUGAUCGCCGCUCAGCGUUACAAGUUUAUUCCAGACCCAGACUUAUUUUUUGCCUUUGAUAUGUCCACGGAAGACUUGAUUCCCAAGGAGCUGCUUUUGGAACGGGAGAAUUUUUUUUCCCAGAAAAAGCCAAACGACUUCGACACCCUAUCGACCCGAACGAUCGAAAUCUACCCGCACGCGAUGCAGGCGAACGCGGAGAAGCGUCCAGGGGAGAUCAAUGUGGACCAUGUCGAAGAUUAUCCACUGCAAAUGGGUUCUUCGGAAAAAUAUAAUGGAUGCGCGUGUUGUUCCUCGUGAUGCAUCUUUCUCACAGUUUUUACAGUUGGGCGGCUGGAAUGGAUAGUAGCUAGUAGUACACAACGACAACAAGAAUCUUCACAGAUUUAUUUGCGAGGUGAGCUCUCCAAUGCCUAUCCCGCGUGAGGAAUUGUUCGCCAGUUCGUGCGCACGAAGGAAGUUGGCAACUUUUGCGUUCACGCAACACAGAUAUUCUACGUGCAACUCAGAUGUAGGUUUGACAUGACGCGUCUUUGCAAUGGAUAAAGAUCUUGGCAUGACGAUGGACGUAGUGUCCUCGAGUCCGGCGCUGACCCCCGCGGCGCGGACCGCAACGCCGGUGAACAAGGACCCGUUGGAGGUGGAGUUUGAGAAGUCCGGGUUUCAAAUUCCGCCAACUACGACCGCGAUGGACACCACGUCGAACGUAGCCGUGUUGGGUGGACAGGAGGGGGCAACAAGAAGGUCCGCAGGACCGUCACUGCAGCAGCAACCCAUUGUUCCGCCAACGAAUUUUCAACUGCAAAUCUCGCCGCCGACGCAGUUCGCCCUGGAAUCCGGGGGUACCCUCGGGCGGAUCCCGAGCGCGCGGGGCUACGAAUCGUCCGAUGGGGAGGGAAGGGCGGUUGCAGCCGGGUCGGGUGGGCACAAGCAAGAUGCUUCUCAUCAGCCGCAGCGGUUCAGUAACUACUUCAAGCGAACGAAAAAUCCGCCCACGACAGCAGCUGCACUGGACGCCACGGUGACGGUGUUACCGACAUCAACAGGCGCGGCUGGUGCAAGUGCAGCAGCCGGGCCAGCAGCUCCCUUUUUCGGGGCCGGCUCGUUGCUGAGUGGCACGAUUAACGUGUUGCCGCCGGGUGGCUUUUUUGGGCCGCCAGCAUCGUCCUCUGCCGGAGUCAGCGAAAGCACCCCGCGCGCCGGAUUGCAGCAGGCGCAGCCGCAGCAGCAGCUUUUGCGGGGGCCUCAUAAUUAUCCGUCAAGUUCCUCCACGAAUCCGAAUCCGCCGCCUAGCAACUUAAUGGCGACCGUGGGGCGGGCGGGGGACAGCCGGUUUCCUCUUGGGAACGGGCAACCCUCCGGUUUCGGGGCGUUCAAAGUGGGAACGGGGACCACGCUUGGGGGCGGACUCGUCGGGAAAUUCAACCUUUCUUCCUCCCUCUCCGGCUCGAGCGCUAGUGGCUCGGGCUUAUUGCAACCAGGUGGUGACCGACCAGCUAUUGGGUCCGCGUCCGCCGGGCUCAAUAAUUACACGCUGAAUCACCAAGUACAAGUAGACACGCUGGGCGCCACGGUGAGUGUAGUUCCUCCCGCGGGGCCGCUGGUGACGCCGUCAGCCAUCAUUUCUGGCCACGUGCCAGACUUGAAGAUGUUCAUCUCCCAGCAGCCAAAACCGCCCCCGGGCGCGCCGGUGGAAAAGCAGCCGCAGGCGCAAGGACAGAGCAUGAAGCCCCGGUUAUCGUGAGGAAAAAUCCCCCCUCCCCAUACCAAAAGGGGACACUUCUGAAAAUUUGUGAUGCUGAUUUGUGGCCACAAAUCGUCUCUGUAUUGCAAGAAGGCAAAUCCAGAGACUUCGCCGCAUUUUCCAGGCGGUUUGUGAUGCUGCUAGACCUACAGGGAAGAUCUCUGUCAUGCUAAGAGCCCACGCCAGAACAUCCCCGCCCAGGCUUUGUAUCUGCCUGCAUUCCUUUAGUGCAAGACACAGCUGAUUUGUGGACACAAAUCCCGCAUCACAGAUUUCGACUUUAUUAUGGGGAGGGGGGAUCUUUCAUUUUGAUACCGGUCGCCGCCGAGAGUUCCGCCGACGACCGAAACCAUGCGGAACACGAUAUUACAAUGAAAAAUGCCCCCUCCCCAUAUCAAAACGGAAAUCUGUGAUGUAGAUUUGUGUUCACAAAUCAGCUUUGUGAUGCUAGAAGGGAAGAGAUGCGGAUUGUAGUGCUGGCUGGCGCAGGGACGCCUUGCGUCUUCAGCAUGACAGGAAGCAACUGGAAACGGGAAAUAGCAUCACAAAUUGCCUCCAAACGAGGGAGCAACUGCGCCUCUUGGCCUUCUAGCAAUACACAACGAUUUGUGUACUCAAAUACAGCAACACAAAUUUCGUUUUUCUUAUGGGGAGGGGGGAUUUUUCCUUUUGAUAUACGAGUUCGAGAGUUGAUGUUGGUCCGAGCGGCAGGCUGGUGGUCGACCACAUGCAGCAGACCAUCGGGUCGCAGGCUUCGUCGCAGCAGCACAUUGUGCACGCGGACACGUACUUCAGCUUCGAGUCCCCCGUGUCCCGCACUGCCGGAAGCCCUUUGUUAGAGGAGCCGAGGGAGCAGUUCUUCCCGCCCACCCGGCCGGCGUCGAUAGGACAAUACAACCAUCAAGCUACAAUCACAACUUCCGCGAAAACUACUGCGCCGGACUUAGUACUGCACGGAGAUGAAAUUAUUCCGCCAGAUUUUCUUCACGCUGGAGCGCCGCGUGACAGGCAGGACGCAACGAGCUACGACCCGUUUGCCAGCGUGUAUGGAAUAGAAAAAAAUCCGGAAAUAAGAACAAUUUCUGCAUCAGGGAACAAGAACACGAUGAACACAACAGGCGGCGGGGAGAUGAAAAGUAGUGGUUUUUCCACUUCCCCCGCAGCUGCCGCCCACGAAGGCGACCGGGGCGGCGCGGCAGCCUCGUACGAGGCCGCGCAGCUGCACGGCGGCAGCUCUCCCGGGCAGCAGUCUUCUAUCGGCGGGUCAUCUAGUACUUCUCGCGCACCGCCGCCGAUCGGAUACUUUGGCGCGCAGGGUCCUGCCUACGUGCGGACGGAGCGACAGCUGGCUCUGACCGUGCAGUUGGACGAGAACGUUUGGGAUACCGUGCGGUUCACCGAGUCCGACGACUUUGAGCAAUGCGGGGCGGAUUUCCUGCGGCGCAACAAGAAGAACCUCAUCUUCUGCGACGGGCUCGUGGCGGAGAUGCGCCAGCUAGCAGCCUCCGGAGAAGACAGCGGGAACUGCGACAUUGCGAAUCUGCUGUAGACAAGAACACGUUUCGCUUUCUUGUUCACGGGGGAGUCGGUCAUUUGACGUUUCGGGCGGGCGCUCCGAGGCGGAAAUAAUCGUAAACCGAAUCUUCAAAAUCCGGUCCGCGAUACAACUAGCUGAGAUUUUAUCAGCGACCAACCGGAUACAUAAUCUUCAUUUUCCCUGCGCACGUUCUUCGUGCGAGUGAAAACAGUGCAUAAUCUGAACAAGAUCCCUGCGUCAACAGUGCAGGUGUACAACACGCACGCAAUUAUUUUUCGCAUAAAAAAGAUUUUCGACGCUUCUAAGUAUUACGUUCAGUGUUUCAGUACGGGAGCCUUGAUUUUUCUGUACCAG